GGUCACACCCCAGUUCUCCUUUUCCUCCCAACCGCUCUGCCUCUGUCUUGCCUCUCUGCCUUCCUGCCGUCCUUUAAUCCUUGCCUCUCCGCUGGUUUCUAGGCUUCGAAGUUUCAAGUUCCAGUCUCUCUGAGAGGUCUCAUAGUUGCUCCUCUUUUCGUCUCCAAGGUCUGGCACGAGCGGGAGCGUAGUUCUCAGAAAGCUCGUGCCAUAGGGUCGGCGUAUACAUCCACUACUUCGAGAACAUCUACUUGCAUGGCUCCGCUAUGACACUGCGAGACCUUCUGGUCACUGAUUCUUCCUACACAUACAGCUCACCCUGCUUGCUCUUGAAGGCUUGAAACUUGGUAUCGUCUGAUGAGUCGCCGUUUCUUACUACUUGGUUAGGUUCUUCCUUCUACCCUUUGAAUCUCAGCUAUCAGUACCUAGCAUCUAUAGGGGAUGUGCGAGGGGAUGUGCGAGCGUAGUUCUCAGAAGCAGACCCUUUGAACAUUAUCUGUUGAUGACUGCGCUUUCCUUUCUGGUACGCCGCCGCUCAACUCGUUGACGUCGUCGGACGCCUUCAGUUGCUAGCGAGCUGUUGAGGUUGAGGUUGCUUGUCGUGAUGUGAUUCAGUGGAGUGGAGUAAAUUUAGUAGAGUUGUGUGGGCGUCGUUGAACAUCGACGAGCCCUAUUACAAGGAAGGUACGCCUCGCAGAACACCUCUUCAGACAACAUUCCAGUUUCAGAUUAGAGCGAGCUGCUCUCAACCGACGCUUUGUCUCUGAAUACCUGGAGAGCCCAUCGGUACAGCCCAAGAGACUUCAGAAGACCGCAAGAGCUUCGGCGAUUGCCGACCUGCCGAACUCACACGAUGGGCGUUAAGCAGCUUCUGUUCUUGCCCUGUUCUCCUCCGUACGACCUUUGCCAUCCUGACUUUCCUCAAUCAAAUCGAUGUCUCAUUCACAUACGUCGGAUUCGUCUAACUCGACAAUGGAGAUGGUCGAUAUGGUCCCAUGGCUUCACUUCUCUGGAGGCGAUAACCUGUUCUUCAAAUCCUGGCAUCCAUCUUCAAGUGGUGCUAUCGCGGGAGCUUGCAUAGGUCUUGUUUUGUUCGCUAUGUUCGAGCGAUGGAUUGCAGCUAUUCGGGGGGUCAUGGAGGCUCAUUGGAAGCGACAAGCCUUAGCAUUAAUGUCUAACAAGGCCGCAUCAAAUCGGGGGGCCUGCACUUCGGAAAGCAAGGGGAAGACCACAGAUGUGCAAGAGGUGGACAUCGAUAGUUUGCCUUCACAGGAAUCAGAGAAUCGUUCCCGAGUCAGCAACCCUCGCAGUGCCAGGGUCAUUCCACCCUUCAUUCCCUCCCACGAUCUCACACGCGGUGUUGUAUUCGCGCUACAAGCAUUGUUAAUGUAUGUUCUCAUGUUAGCCGUCAUGACAUUCCAAGCCGCUUAUUUUAUAUCCAUUAUAGCGGGACUGGGCGUUGGAGAGAUGCUGUUUGGUCGAUUGGGGAGCGCACAUGUGCACUAGGAACAAAUGUUUCACGUUUUCGGCGGAUUUACUUUUCGUGGCAUGAUGGAUUUGUACUAUAUAAUGUACAGUGAUUGGACCCUUGGAAUGCCUGUGAUAUGUCUCUCAAGAAGUCAAUGCUUGCAGGAUUG